AUGGCGACCUCCAUUCCACCUGUUGUAUUAAUCACAGGCGCAAACCAAGGCCUCGGCUACGCCAUCGCAGAAGUUUUCUCACAAUCCAAGCAUCCCUACACCAUCCUCAUUGGCGCACGCAAUGAACUCCGUGGUAAAGAAGCAGUCAGCAAGUUACUCCCCACAAAGACUCACACCUCCUCCACCAUCUCACCCAUCCAAAUCGACGUCGCCUCCUCCGAAAGCAUCACCUCCGCUUUGAAAACGAUCAGCACAGACUACGGCCGUCUUGACAUCCUCGUAAACAACGCUGGCAUCUUCGGUGCGCCAGGUAAAAUGUGGAACUCCACGACCCGCCCUGAUUGGCACGCUAUCUUCGAAGUUAACGUCUUCGGCGCCGUCGAGCUGAUUGAAUCGGCUUUUCCAUUGCUGCGCAAGGCAGAAUCCCCGCGAGUGAUUGUGGUUACCUCGAACAUGGGGUCUAUCACUAAAGUCGCAAACGGCCAUGUGCCUUGUGGAGCAGUAGGUGCGUACUACAGCGCGUCAAAGGCAGCUAUCAACGCAAUGGUUGCAAACUGGAGUCAAACGCAUAAGGACAUUAAGUUCUGGGCGGCGUGUCCUGGACUGGUUGCUACGGAGUUUGGAGGCGACUUCACGAAGCAGCAUGGAAGGGAUCCGAAAGACGCAGCGGACGUUGUGAGGAAGUGUGCUGAGGGGGAGAAGGAGGAUGUCGUUGGACUUAUGGUUUGGGAUCAAGAUGGAAAGUCAGGUAUGUAUGAGUGGUAG